GGAUAAAACAUUGGGCGAUGAUGAACGCAGCCCCGCUUCAAGACAGCUCAGGGGCAGCUGCAGCCCGCGGAGCUCCAUGGCCACUUUGGGCGUCCCGGCCGCCAUAAUGGACUAUACCACUCUUCAGUAACUGGCCUCAGGAGGAAGAGAGGAACCCGGACUUUACAAGAAGAACCCGUUCCUCCGUUCUAUGCACCUCUCUGUUGAAACUUCAUAUUGUUGAACUACAACAAGAUUAUUUACUACCUAACCACUUUAACAGCUUUUAUUUUUUUUAUUUUUUUUGCCCUAACCAACUUUCAACAAAACGAGCAGCCGCUCAGCAUUAGGACCUGUAGUGGCGAGGGAUGCUCUCUGAACUCUGAUCCGUUUUGAAGGCUCCAGUCUGUUUGAAUAAAUGGGCUCCAUCAGGCGCUCAGCUGGCCUGGGCGCCUGUGGCUCCUUCUGGUCGCCAUAGCGACCACAGCAUCAGCACCGGUUCAGUUCACUCUGCUCUCCUGGCAGAGGCACGCACCGCACCUAAGCAGAUUUUAAUGAUAUUAUCCACGCAUAUAUAAGCUCUAUCAUCUCUCCUCAGCUGUCCAACAUGUCCAGAGAAGUUUGUCUAGACCUUGGACUUUUUUAACACACAGAUUAACACGCGCAUGCUCUCACCUCACCAAUAUAAUGUGAAACUUACACAACGUUUAUAUAUGUGUUAACGUUCCUCCUUUUCUUUUGUUCCAUGCAGGAACGAUAUCUGAAUGUAAACGUCAUAUAAUGCCUACCAGUGUGCGUUGUGUUGUACAGAGAACCGGGAUACCGUUAUUAGCAUGGCUACAUGCAGUGUAUCUCUGUAGUUUAUUCCUCCUUCCUCCUUCCGGUCGACCUUCCAUACGCUACAAUAUCACCACACACCGCACCUGCCUCGAUACCAGCCUGGAUCAUGAAGUGUCAAAAGGGACUGGUAGCUUAUUCACAAUCAAUUAUGCACAGUGACAAGUAAACAACCGCACACACAGACAUGCAUACUUGUACACACACACAAAUAAAGGACCUACUUAAAGAAAUAUACACAUACAUCCCUAAAAAACACAAUCAAACAUACAUGCACAUUCAAACAUGAAACAUGCACUUGUAGAACAAAAUAAGGCCUUCAUAAUUGGGUAGAAGAGUAUAGGUGUUAUUCAUUCCCAGAAUGUGGUUAACCUUUGUAUUGAGAAAUGUGAAAAGUAAAAUUAUUACACAAGGGCAUUAUUGUACAUUAAGGAUAUAAAUGGUUUAAGGGUAGAAGCAAUACAUUGUGUGCAUUACCAUUGACUUUGCGUGUGUGCAUCUAUGAAAUGAGAUUGUUGGUUUCUAAUGUGACAAAAUGGUGUCUUCUUUUGUUCUUCUUUAAUAUAUGUCAAGUGAUAGGCAGGUAAUGUUGCUCUUGUUUUUAUUGCCAGGAGCAGGUGAAGAGUUCUACUCCAAAAAGCAUUCAAGAUUUACCAGAUUACAAAAUUGCGAUUUCAUACACUCGUUUUUGUUAUAUUUUAUUAUUCGAUCAGAAUUUUUAUAUUUUUUGCCAGUCAUAUUUUUCACUGGCAAAGAGAUGGUUGCAAUUUUUCAGAAUAAGUACAACAAGAGAAUAUGCACUUUAUAUAAACAAAAACAUCCCCCUUCCAUGUACUUUUUGUAAUGGAAUUUGAUUGCUUUUGCUUCAUUGAUAAAUGCAUUCAUUAAUUUGAUUGCCUUUACUUUAUUUAUAAAUGCAUUCAUUAAUUUGAUUGCCUUUACUUUAUUGAUAAAUGCAUUCAUUAAUUUGAUUGCCUUUACUUUAUUGAUAAAUGCAUUCAUUAAUUCGAUUGAAAACAAUCAAGUCAGCCUGUGUUGUGGUGUUCAAAUGUGUCACUUUUAAACCAUAUCAUGCCAAGGGAGUGAAGAUCAGUUUGUUAUCUCACACACACACACACACACACACACACACACACACACACACACACACACACACACACACACACACACACACACACACACUGAAUGUAGCACCUCAGCUGAUCCACAAUAUAUACAUGUUGUGCCUAUUUGCUUUUUUGUAUCGCUGCAAAUUAUAUAUGUUGUAAUAUAUUUGAUAAAUAAUUGUAGACUGAAAGGGCAAUUACAGGUUUUUAUUAAGCAUGAUUUUGAUACUCCUAUAACAAAUGAUCAUUUUGAUACUGUUAACAGUGGAUAAUAUAAAUGUAUAUAAAGCUGUGUCUAUAUUAAACCUUGUCUUUUAAUCGAAAUUGGUAAUUCAAAGGGAACUGUGUCGAACUGUGAACAUAAUGUACAGCUCUAUUUGCGGUUUUGCAUAUUAUUCAUACCCGUUAUUAAAGUUAUUGAUAAUAUUUGUAGAAUUGAGUGGUUUGCUUUUUGUGCGUGUAUGCUUGUGUGUGUUUGUGCACGGUGCGUGUGUGACAGAGAGAACGCUCACGAUCGUUUGUGCGAGUGUGCGCAUGUGUGUUCCCGAGUCAAAAUGCGAAAUAAUAAACCCAUAACAUUUGAGUUUAUUGUAUCAUGUUGGUUUGUCAGUACAAGUCAUAUUAUACAGACACAACUAAAAAUAUAUUUACAACAAGAUAGACCACCAUACACAAUACAAAUGUCCUAAACGUAACAUGGGUCACGACCAGUGCUAGCGCGGGGCAGCAGGAACUAAAGGGACUUGACAAAUAUAGCAUACCGAGAACGGAACAAAUGACGUGAACUGGCAUAAAUGGGGAGUGAUCGGUGAAUAGGGAGCAGCUGGGAAGAUUGACAACGCGCUCAGGAUUAAACGCACUUCUGAAUCAGCCGUGUGCUUCCUGACGUCACCUCCCGGCUGCAGAGGACGGCCUGCCGACGUGGCGGGCGGAAGAGGAGCAGCUGAGAAGCUGUCACCGAUCGGUUCAGAAUGUCCCAAGCCGUUCUCGAUGACACCCCGGUCCACCUCUCCGACCCCGACCCUGCUCUCCAUGACGAGGCACCCGGCAUCGAACCCACUGGACCCGAGGAGCACGCCAACACGGACCCGCCGGCCUCCGUGACCACAACGCCCCAGUCCCCGGUGGCCCCUGAGGGCCCUGAGGUCCCUGAGGGCCCCCAGGCGCACGCUGUUGGGGCCGGCGGCUCAGGGUCCGGUCCGGCUGAACCACACCCGUCGGAGCAGGACACCGAGGGGCUGCCUGUGGUGUGUGACCAGCCGGUGAGCCUGGAGCCAGACACCAGCGCCGCGCCGGAGACAGACGUGGAGAUCUCUCCUCAGGAUAAAGAGACAGGAUGGGGGGGCUGGGGGUCAUGGGGGAAGUCUCUACUGACCAGUGCCAGCUCCUCUGUGGGUCAGAGUCUGAGUUCGGUCAAGGAGAAGGCCGGAGGAGCUCUGCGCCUCCAUAGGACCUCUGUGGGGGAGGAGGUGCAGGAGGAGGGGAGGAGCGAGGGAGGAGGUGAAGAAGGGCAGGCUGAGGCCAGCGAGAGUCCCCCCCCCUCUGCUGCUGUAGCAAGCAGAGGAGUCUUCUCCACUCUCACACACGCCGUGCAGAACACUGGUAAGACAGUGCUGAGCGGGGGUCUGGAUGCCUUAGAGUUUAUUGGAAAGAAGACGAUGACAGUUCUGGCCGAGAGCGACCCGGGAUUCAAGAAGACCAAAACUCUGAUGCAGAAAACGGUCUCUCUCAGCCAGAUGCUAAAGGAAGCCAAGGAGAAGGAGCGGGCCCGCCUGGGCUGCCAUCCAAUCAACGAGCCAACAGCCCACUACGGCAUCCUGUUUGACGACUUCCAGGGCCUCUCACACUUGGAGGCCCUUGAGAUCCUAUCUAAUGAGAGCGAAGCAAAGGUCCAAGCCUUCCUCUCUUCCCUGGAGGAAGUGGAGCUGGAGGUGCUGAAGAAGGAGCUAAUCGCCAUCAAGGACAUCUUCAUCAAACAGUAUGAAGAGGAGGAGGAGGAGGGGGGGGGAGAGGAGGAGGAGACCGAACAGGGAGACCGAGAGAAGUCCACGGAGGGAGCAGGAGAGGGGCAGAUGAAGGAUAACGGUGAACUUAGUUCCCAAAUACACUGUUCUCUCCCCCUGUCUGCGGACGGAGAGGAGUUUGUGAGUGUGCUCACCGAGCUGCUCUUUGACCUCCACGUUGCUGCCACACCAGACAAACUGAACAAGGCUAGGAUGAGGGCCCACGACUGGGUGAGAAAGGUGGAGGAGCCUGUCGCCACCGUUUGCUCAGAAACAGAGGGGCAGCCUGGAGGAGAGGCCACCACUGGAGGAAGGGCGGAGGAGAUGGAGGAAGGAGAGUGUGUGGAAAGGAAGGAGGCGACGAGCGGUGAUGCGGAGGGGACAGAAGAUGACUUCAGAUCCGUUGAGGCCGUGUACAUGUCGUCUAUAAGCAGCCUGGCAGAGGUCACCGCCCGCAGUAUCGAGCAGCUCCACAAGGUGGCAGAGCUGAUCCUCCACGGCCAGGACCUGGAGAAGCCAGCCAGGGAGCAGGCGCAGGUCCUCACAAGGUUGACCACCGCUAUGUCUAAUGAGGUCGGCUGUUUGGCCAAGAGGUUCUCUGACACACUGCUGACUGUCGGGGGCCAGAGGAAGGCGGAGGAGGUGAAUCCAUUACUAGACAGCGUGCUGCUGGAGGGCUCCAACAGCACCACCUACAUCCAGAAUGCACUGCAGCUGCUGCUGCCGGUCCUGCAGGUCUCCCACAUCCAGACCCAGCAGUCCAGACCAGGCCCAGAGCUGCCCGCACAGACCGGCCACUAACACUGAUGCAACCCUGUCUCUCACUCACACACACACACACACACACACACACACACACACACACACACACACACACACACACACACACACACACACACACACACACACACACACACACACACACACACACACACACACACACACACACCUGCACACAUACCUAUGCACACCCAUACAAAUCACUACCCCAAUACAAUGCUUCCCACUGCAGUAUGGUUUGUCUAAAUGUAACUUUUGUGUAAAAUAAGGAGUAGAUUAUUAUAAUGUAUUUAAAGUGAAGCCUGAAUUGAUAUGGAUUUCUUUCAAUGGUCUUUUACCUUGACGGUCCAAACCGGAUCACAUGCAGACCUUUUACAUUUUAUCUCCUUGAAGAAUAGGAGAAGGGAUUGAUAGGAUAGGUAAUGGUCAUUUCAACUACUUGAGAGUCUAAGGAUAUAGGAUAUAAAGGAUAGGUAAUAAUCAUUUCAUCUACUUGACAGUAUAAGGAUAUAAAGGAUAGGUAAUAAUCAUUUCAUCUACUUGACAGUAUAAGGCUAUAAAGGAUAGGUAAUAAUAAUUUAAUCUGCUUGAGAGUAUAAGGAUAUAGGAUAAUUUGCAGUAAUUUCAUCUGUUUAAGAGUAUAAGGGUAAAGGAUUAUAAGGAUGAGUAAGUGCAAGAAGUAGAGUUCUGAAUAGAUUUAGAUUUUUCUUUGUAUUUAUUUAAAGACUCUUUGUCUCAAAAAGUUAUUAUUUGUGAUUUUGUUUGACAACUGUACAGACGCUGUACAGUUGUAAAGAGGCCCUGCCAUUGAAAAGUUUCAGGAGAAUUGAACAAAACACUAAGUAGUAUACGUUAUCAAGUAAGUUUAUGACUUUUUGUUUUGUUUUGGUGUGUGUGUGUGUGUGUGUGUGUGUGUGUGUGUGUGUGUGUGUGUGUGUGUGUGUGUGUGUGUGUGUGUGUGUGUGUGUGUGUGUGUGUGUGUGUGUGUGUGUGUGUGUGUGUGUGUGUCGGUCAUUUGACUCAGUGUGAUUCCAUUAAUACUAUAUAAUUAACAAGGUUUUGUUCAGGCUGUACAUGGGUCUUCCCAUUGUGUUAAGGAUGGGUCUCUAGUGAUGUAUUGCAGUGCUGCUACUAUGCUAAACCAAAAGAGAAUCAAUUAUUCCAAUGCUAAAUUAGUUCUGGAAUCCAUUCAGCCUAGUCACUCAAUCGAAACAUGAUCUCAACGCUCCCCCAGCCUUGAACAAUAAAUUACACUUUUGCCAUUAAAGUAGGAAUUACAUAUGAAGUUACAAUGACAAAUUAACUUGAGUAUGGACACUAUUUCUCUGGUGUAAUGUUUAUUGUAAUCCUGUAAUGAAGUGCCCUUAGACUGAGAAUGUGUAAACCCAAAUAUAUUGCAUAAAUAAUCAAUACUGUGUUUGGAGUGAUUUUCUUUUAAGCAUUGUCGUUUCAAGUUUAAUUUGCAUUUGAGAGAAAUUAAGUAGCAGCCAUGUUUAUUAUACUUGGUCCCUGUUCAGUCUUGAGUUCACAGGAGAAGCCCCAUGAUGCUUCACAAACCCUCGACCUCACUGAUGGAGGACAGGGAAGGGUGCCCCCGGUGGUGGAGAUGUGCUAGUGAAUGAAAGGAGGAGAGUGGCCAAUUUAAAACAUUUAGAGCAGAGAAUUAAACGGUGAGGUAAUUCAGUUAACUAAAUAGAUCAGACAGAACUGAAUGUUUCGCUGUGAGUGUGACCAGUUCAUACCAUUCGAGAUUAUCAGUUAUUCAAAGCAGCCAUUACAUAAGUGUAUAUCACAGUACUAAGUAUCUACGUAUCACAGCAUGCAGUAAGUAUGAUGAUUUUUGACUCUGGGAAUGAAAGUGUUGUUGUACCAGUGAAACUUCCAGAUGGGUCAUGAC